AUGGCUCACGAAUCUAUUUGGUACUCCCACCCAAGAAACUACGGUAAAGGUUCUAGACAAUGUCGUGUCUGUUCUUCCCACUCUGGUUUGAUCAGAAAGUACGGUUUGAACAUCUGUCGUCAAUGCUUCAGAGAGAGAGCCGCUGACAUUGGUUUCCAAAAGUUCCGUUAA